UUAAAUAAUUAUUAAAAAAAUAAUUACCUUCUUCUGAUAUAGUCCUAAUUUUAUACAAGGAUCUAUACAUGAACUAAGAGAAACAUACGAUGUCUUAACUGUUUAUUUAAAUUCUCAUGCGAGAUAUAGAAAUCAACAUGUUAAAGAAUAUAAAUGACUCUCGUAAGCAACAAUUGAAGGAACUGAAGAGCUUUACCGAUACAGUUAAUGAAGAAAUUACCAAUAUCGUUGAAACUUUAGGUUGGAGCGUGGACAGUAUAACAAAUGUAGACAAGGAAUAUUUCACAUGUCCAUACGAUUCAUCCCACCGAUUAACAGAAGGCUCUCUCAAUGAUCAUCUUGUCUCUUGUCAAUGGAAAGCUGAAGGUUAUGGAAAGCUAGAUGUCCCAUUAUCAGAACCAACUCUACUAGAAGAUUCACCAUUCUGUAUAAAGUUUGAUGAGCAACUGCAAGAACAAAUUCUUAGGAACGCUAAAGAUCAAAAUUCAGCGAUGCAAACUGGUAUGGGUAAGCGGUUAGUACCGCGUACAUCUGAUAGGAUUGUCAUAGAUUUCACCAGUGACGAAAAGAAAGCGCUAUAUGACUAUGUCAUUGCUAAUACUGCAAAGCCAGACAAUGGAGAAGACAUUACAAACAUUAAUAAUUUGGAACCACAAGAAAAAGCAGAUAAAGAAUUGUCAUUUUUGGAGCUGUUAAUACAAGAGCGCAACUUGAAAAGACGUCGAGCAAAGCAUAAAGGCGUUCAUACAAACAAAAGAUCCUACAUUGAAAUUCUCAGAGAAGUGAUUAAUCAACAAAUGGAAGUAUUUGUAGAUUAUAUUUCUGGACAAAGUAAUUCUGGACACGAUGUUCGAAAUACAGAAACAGAUAAUUUAAAUUAUGAACAAAUACAAGAUGGAACUGAUCGCUUAUACAAAAUAUUUCAUUCUUCUUCCCACAACAGUGAUGAAUAUAAUUCUAAAGAAAGAAAUGGUCAUCACCACAAGAAAAAAAGAGAGCAUUCAGAAGAAAGAAAUUAUCAUCGAUUAAGAGAUCGAGACAAACAAAAAAGAUAUUCAGAUGAAACAGACAGAAAACACAAGCAUGAAUAUAAAAAUACAGAAAGUUCAUCAUAUUCAAGAGAACGGAAGUCACACAAAAAAGACAAAUAUCGAAGCAAAAAUAAACAUAAAGAUAAAUAUCAUGAAAAGAAACAUAAAUCUGAAGAUCGCGAUAAAUCAUCAGAAAGACAUUAUUCAAAGCAUAGUGAUCACAAACGUGCGCGAAAAAACAAAAGUAAAGAAUACUAACUGUAAACUGAUUAUAAAAAUCACGAUGAAAACG